ACAUUCUACAGUGAUGGGGGGUCUUAUGAGAGGAGUCCUGCUGUGGUCCCUGGCUCUGGGGGUCCUGGUAUCAGGACAGGAGGGCGGUCGCCCUGAGGUGGAAACACGAUAUGGUAAACUACGGGGAAAGACAAUGUCCGUGAAGGGAACAGAUAGGACUGUCCACGCCUUCUAUGGAGUCCCCUUUGCCAAACCUCCAGUUGGUUCAUUGAGAUUUGUAGCCCCGGAACCCCCCGCUGCAUGGACCUCAACCAGGGAGGCCUCAGAAUAUGGUCCAGCGUGUCUGCAGGAUCUUCACUUCAUGGAGAUGCUAUUGGAAAUGUUUAAAGUCAAGUUUACUUUACCGUCAUUGUCUGAGGAUUGUCUAUAUUUGAAUGUCUACACUCCAGCCGAUCGUCCGAUGGGGGAGAAGCUGCCUGUCAUGGUAUUCAUACAUGGAGGAGGUCUGGUGAUGGGAGGAGCCAUGGUAAUGGACGGUUCUGCAUUGGUUGCCUAUGAAAACGUUGUAGUUGUCUCCAUCCAGUACCGGCUGGGGGUCCUCGGCUUCUUCAGCACUGGAGAUGACCGAGCUCCAGGGAACUAUGGCUUCUUGGAUCAAGUGGCCGCUCUCCGAUGGGUUCAGGAAAACAUUGCAGAUUUCGGAGGUGACUCCAACUCUGUGACUAUAUUUGGGGAGUCUGUAGGGGGAAUCAGCGUAUCUUCACUGGUGGCGUCUCCAUUAGCCAAGGGCUUAUUCCACAGAGCUAUUUCUGAGAGCGGUGUAGCCAUAAUGCUGGCACAGUCUACAGAAGUAUUUGUUUUUUCCAGAAACAUUGUGACCAAUAUUUCGGGCUGUGAUGUUGACACAAUUGAGGUCUGUCUAAAGGCAAAAUCUGAAGAGGAGAUCCUGUCUCUUGUAAUUUCUAUGCAAUUUUUAAUUCUGCCUCCAACCAUCGAUGGGGUGUUCUUCCCGAAACCCGUGGAGCAGAUUGUGACUGAUAAAGAGGUGAACAGUGUCCCGUUUAUGAUUGGAGUCACCAACCAAGAGUUUGGAUGGAUCCUAAUGGUGACCCUAAAUGUGAUAGAAUUCCAAGAAGGAAUAAAAAGAAAGAAAGUGGAAGAACUUUUAAGGAGCCUCCCACUAAUGAGUUCACUCCCCAGUGCCACUGGCCUCCUGAUGGACGAAUAUAUUGGAGAGGAGACCGAUCCAGCUGAAAUCCGCAACUCUUUUCUAGAUCUAGCUGGAGACCUCGUGUUUGUCAUUCCGGCACUGAGAACGGCCAAGUAUCACAGAGAUUCCGGCCAUCCCACCUACUUCUAUGAGUUCCAGCACCGUCCCUCAAUCUUUAAGGACAGUAAGCCAGACUUUGUGAAGGCCGAUCACGGGGAUGAAUUGCUCUUUGUGAUGGGAGGUCCAUUCUUGGAGGGGGAUGUUGUAUUCACAGAAGCUUUCAAUGAAGAAGAGAAGAUUCUGAGUAAGACUAUCAUGAAGUAUUGGGCUAACUUUGCCCGCACUGGUAAUCCCAAUGGGCCAGGCCUGGUGAACUGGCCAGAGUACGACCACGAUGAAGAUUACCUGGGGAUUAACCUGGAGCCGAGUCCAGCAAAACAGCUAAAGGCUGAGAAGUAUGAAUUCUGGACCAAGUUGCUUUCUCCGGAGAAGACAGAAAAAAAGGAGGAGCGCACAGAGCUGUAGAUUUGGACUGUGACCAUAGUUUACCCAAAACACACCAGCCAUUUAUAGGGCAAUAAGGGGGUCACCUAUACUUCUUAGUUUACGAGCAAAAGGGAACAACGAUUUGCCCAGGAAUUAUUGGUGAUGACAUUGACUUCUAUCAAUAAUAACACUGUAAUAUCUAAAAAGAAAAUGUGAAAUUUGCUGUAUUCCAAACGCCUGGUCCCCAUACAGUGGACAUUCCGAAUUACAUUACAUUACAUUACUAGACAACUAAAGAUUCAGGUCUAUACUAUCUAGAUCAGGGGCCUCCAAUAUGUGGCCCUCCAGCUGUCACCAGUUUCAGGCUUGUAAGGAUUAUGUGGUGUCUGGGAGACUUGUAAUGUAGGGGUGUUGCAGUGAUAUUAUAGGGUCGGAUGGUAUUAGCCCUUUCAUGUCGUGACGCCAGGGUGUGGUUUCCUUAUGGUUAAUGGUCCUACCUACAACCGUCCCAUAAACGAUAGGGAGAAAUAACGGAAUGUCCACAGCAGAUUUUAUGAAGUAAACUGAAGAAACUUUACUGCAGAUUUCAUGCAACGGCAUAUAACAGAACAGUUCUUUUUAAGAGUGAACCAGGAUACAGGUUCCUCACAGGUUUGCUGGGACUUGGAAGCAAUGAGCUUUUGAUGCUAGCCACUGUGCUACUAUUUUAGAAUAUUUGAGCUUCUAGUAGUCACACAAGAUUUGGUUGCUUGAGCUUUGAAUAACUCACGGUUUUGUGGCUGCUGAACUCUAGGCUUCAGGCCUAACUUGACUUGAUGCUGAGAUCGAUGUGCUUGCUUUAUGUCCAGAAGAUAAGAGAGAGAAUUUUGUGGCAUCAGCCCCUUAUAUAUUAAGAGGGUUGGGCAACAGCUCAUUGGUUGGCAAACCUGUAAGUCCUGACCCAGUGAACUCUGGGUACAUCACAUGACCUCUAAGCUCCUUAAACCAUAUGUACAUUUACACUGUAGAUCAUGUGACCUGGGAAAGGUCCUAUACAUAGAUAUUCCCUAUACAUUAAAUACAUAUUAAACAAUUAAUUUACAUGAGGCGACUAGGGGUAAGCCCUACAGGAGAGCCCUAUGACAUGGAGGGACUCUAGCUGAGGGGACUUUAGACAAGGGACAGGACAAGGUCCUGUACCGGGACACCACAAUUACAUGGAAUUAAGUAGUGAUGAAUAGAAUACAUUUUUCUUACAUUUUGAUAUCAGAACUAACUUUAUUAAUGAACCAUUAAAUGUAUGUACUGCC